CGUCACCCCGGGUGUGGACAGUGUCAAGAGGAGCCUGAUUGGUCCUCCAGGGGGACCGGCUCAGUGGCCCAGCACCAGUCGUCUAGUUGAGGCUCUGUGCAUUAAAUUGUGUUCAUUGCACAAGUCCCCAACAAAAAAGGAUGGAGUGCGGCUUCCUCGGUGGACCAAAGUUCUCACCGACUACCACCACAUCUGAGACCUGGUGCUGGACUGCCCCCCCCUGAUGGAGGCCACCUCUCUUCAGCUUUUUGUCCUCAAUCAGAGGACUCUGACACAGUGGUUUAAUCGAAGGGAGAGCACGCAGGAGAUUAGUGUCCUCACCCAGGGCCUUGCUGCAGAGGACCACAUCGUUGUGGCCAGCUCACAGCUGCCUCCUCCGUGGGAGAAGCUGGAUGAAGCGCCGUCCCCCUCAGGACUCCAGCAUGAGUUUGCCCUCCCGCCAAACAGAGCAGGUAAGGCUCCUAAGCUGCGGCCAGGCAGACGACCUGCUAGUGCCACCGUCCUGCAGCCCGUCACCCCAGCAGUUCCUCUUCCUAUCCCAGCUCAGCUUCUUUUAUUGAACCCUGGGUCGACAGUGAUGGCAGCAGGUCAUCACAGGGCUGCUCCUCCCCUGGCUCCUUAUUUAACACCUGCCACACAGGUGGCUCCUGCACCCACUGCUCCUGCGUCUGUGUCCCGCUUCACUGAGAGGAACAGGCGACGCAGGGCAGAAGAGGAGGCCUCCGCGAGCCAGAAACAAAAGUAUGUGAGAGAAGUGGCUUUUAACAAGUGCAGCAAAUGUGGGCAGCCAAAAACAAAAGAGUUUGGCCACAGCCGAUUUGGCAGCGCCACUUUCUGCCCCAGUGCUUCAGGGGCAAAUCCUUGGAGCAGUGGCUGGUAGAACAGCGGCAGCUGAAGAAACCGGGAAACCCACCCUAAUAAUAAUAAUAAUAAUAAUAAUAAUAAUAAUGAUAAUAGUAA